UUGAACAAAAAUAUAAAUCAACUAUCAAACAAUGUAUAUCGUUCAUGAAUUACAACAAUUUCAAAACAAAUCAUAGAACAAUAACUUUCUGUCCUGUAUUGUCUCCCUCUGACAAUCUGACAGAACAGAAACGUGAAAGACGUCACAGUAUUGCCGGAAAUGAAUUGUGAUUUCGAGAACAAAAAGUCGGCCACCGAGACAACAAUGGACGAGAAACCUGAAACCCGAACAUCAAAGCCUUUGCGAUGGACAUUGAAAACAAGAAUCAAAAGUAAUGGACUAAAACGUACCAUAACCGGACUCUCCCUAGUAGCAUACUUGGCUUUCAGUGUAUACACAGGAGUCCCUUUAAUCCUGCUAAACACUUUGAUCAUCCAAAUGAAAUGCUUCGAUGAAGUGAUUAUCAUAGCUUAUAGCAGAAAGAAAAUACCGGACAUUCCCCACUUCAGGACGCUGAAUUGGUAUUUCGUCAUCACCGCUAACUAUUUCUUCUCAGGGGAAACCCUCGCUCAGUAUCUCGAAGUGUACGUGAAAAAAUAUCGUUCUCUCCAGCUGCUCGUCACGUAUCACAGAUUUAUUUCAUUUUGUUUGUAUUUAGCGGGAAUCAUCUGGUUUCUGGCGUUAGUUCGAAGGAAUAGGCAAAACGCUAGGCAUCUGUUCGGUCUAUUCUUCUGGACAUUUUUUCUCACAGUCUUAUUCUGCCUACAAUCUCACUUGAUUGUGCAUACCACCUUCGAAGGUAUAAUAUGGUGCCUAGUUCCUCUUAUGCUCGUGAUAAUCAACGAUGUCUUCGCCUACGUUUUUGGGCGUCAUUAUGGAAAAAGGCAAUUGAUAAGUUUGUCCCCUAAGAAAACCGUCGAAGGAUUCAUCAUGGGUGGCAUCAGCACGUUCGUCCUGGGAGCCCUAUUAUCCUACCUUUGCUGCAGGGUUCAGUACUUAGUUUGCCCGGUGAAAUACGUGGAACAAAAUGAUAGCAUAGUCUUGGACACUAACUGCACCCGCAGUCCAGUGUUCAAAGUGACUGAGUAUCAGCUGGGAAACAGUGGAAUUUCAUUCAAUACAUAUCCUUUUAUACUGCAUUCCUUUUCUUUGUCAUUCUUCGCCAGUGUAAUAGCACCUUUUGGAGGAUUCUUCGCUUCUGGUUUCAAGAGGGCCGUCAAUGUUAAAAAUUUUGGAGAUACCAUUCCUGGUCAUGGGGGAAUAAUGGAUAGGUUCGAUUGUCAGUAUCUGAUGGUGACGUUUGUCAAUGUUUAUGUCAGUACAUUCAUAAGGACUCCGUAUGUUGACCAAAUUUUCCAAAAGAUUGUGAGUUUGAGUGAACAAGAACAGUUGGAGUUUUAUCACUCGUUGAAGGAGUUUUUAUAUAGUAGUAACCUAAAAAACAUUCAGUGACCGAUUUGGUUCAAAAAUAAUUUUUCCUGUUUGAGAUUUGUUCAUUUCAAACUAUCAUUGUGUUCUGAACUAGUUUAUACUAAGUAAAAUAAAAGAAGUGUUGAGAAGAAUUCAA